AUGGCGCCACUCGGUGCAACCGAACCUCACUUCUCUGAUGGCCUGGAGCCGGUUGCGAUAAUAGGGAUGGGGUGUCGUUGGCCUGGCGACUCCGAGUCUCCAUCCGAGUUAUGGGAUUAUCUAGAAGCUCAGCGAAACUCGUACAGUAAAUUUCCCAAGGAUAGAAUCAACAGCGAUGCUUUCUAUCAUCCCGAUGGCAACAGACCUGGCUCAUUCAAGACCGAAGGCGGUUGCUUUCUCAACUCCGAUGUGCGACAGUUCGACUCCAGCUUUUUCGGCAUCCAUCCAAAAGAAGUUCUCACACUUGAUCCAGCACAGAGAAAGUUCCUAGAAGUCGUUUACGAAACGUUUGAAUCUGCGGGGGUUCCUCUCCAUAAGCUAUCAGGCUCCAACACCGGAACAUUCGUAGGCAACUUUAACUACGAUCACCAGCUGAUGCAUUAUCGUGACCCCGAGAAUGCCUUACCUUAUUCCGUGACAGGAAGCGGCAUCACCAUUCUCAGCAAUCGUAUCAACUAUGUCUUCAACCUCAAGGGACCCUCCAUGACUCUCGAUACUGCUUGCUCUAGCUCUCUCUACGCUCUGCAUUUGGCCUGCUCCGCCAUCCAGACGGGAGACUGCGAUGCAGCAAUUGUGGGCGGGACCAAUUUGAUCCUUACCCCUGAGUGUCAAAUGUUUUCUUCUGUGUUGGGGGCUGUCUCGCCCACUUCAGUAUGUCACACAUUUGAUUCGCGCGCUGAUGGAUAUGCCCGUGCAGACGGCAUCGGAGCUUUGUUCGUAAAGCGGCUAUCACAAGCGGUAGCGGAUGGUGACCCUAUACGUGCCGUCAUUCGGGGGACUGCGUUCAAUGCCAACGGGAGGACCGGUGGCAUCACGCACCCUAGCCCCGAUGGGCAAGAGGCUUGUAUACGGCGGGCAUACGAGCGUGCCGGAGGACUAGACACGUCAUUGACUGGCUACUUCGAAUGCCACGGAACAGGCACCCCAGUCGGUGAUCCGAUCGAGGUAUCCGCCAUCGGGAGAGUGUUUGCCGACACGCGAACGAGUUCCAUGCCGCUUUUGAUCGGAUCUAUCAAAUCUAACAUGGGUCACAGCGAGCCGUCAAGUGGUAUCGCUGGCGUGAUGAAGGCUGUAUUAGCCGUUGAGCGUGGCAUAAUACCACCCACAAUAGGAAUUGAGACUCUCAAUCCCAAUGUGGACUUAAAGGACGGAAGACUGAAGAUCGUCACUAAGAGCACACCAUGGCCUGACCUACCCAUUCGAAGAGCCAGUAUCAAUUCAUUUGGAUACGGAGGUUCCAAUGCUCAUGCUAUUGUUGAAUCUAUUGAUGCAUUGUUCCCUGGCUAUCGAUCUCGUCAUCAGAUUAGUAAGGAAGCUCAUGCUAAAACAAUCUCGUCGGUUCGAGGCAGAACCCAGGAACACUCAUCACCGAUCAGUGACAUGUCCCUUUCAAACGGUCACACUAACGGUUACUCCAAUGGACAUGCCAACGGCUACCCGAAGGAGUAUACAAACGGAAACCAGAACGGACACAGUAAUGGUCAGUCGAACGGCCACACUAACGGCCACUCGAAAAAUGGUCAUGCUAACGGUAGUGGCAUUGUGGUGCGCGCGGCACAAACCAAAACCAAGUUCAUCCUUCCGUUUUCAGCUCAUGAUGAAAGGACACUACAUGCGAACUACAUUGCACUGACCAGGCGAUCUCAUCAGUGGAACAUUGCUGAUAUUGCCUACACGCUGAGCGCAAGGCGGAGCAGACUCCAGAGCCGAUCCUUCAUCAUCAAAGGAGUCGAUGAUGUCGACAGUGAGCUCCCCAGUGAGAAGCCCAGCGUUGUGAAAAUACCUGCCUCGGGUGCACCGACUCUGGGCUUCGUCUUCACAGGCCAGGGGGCUCAAUGGCCUAGCAUGGGAGCGUCAUUGAUGGCUGAGUAUCCUAGCUGCCUUGCAACAGUGCGAAGACUUGACAAGUACAUUGACGAAAUCGAAGAAUUCGGUCGAAGUUGGAGUAUCGAAGAGGUUCUCAAAGAAGACCCCGAGCACAGCAGGGUACACACGGCAGAGCUAUCACAGCCGUUGGUGACUGGUUUGCAGAUCGUUCUCGUCAAUCUCCUCAAUCAGUGGAACAUCCGACCGCAAGCCGUAAUUGGCCACUCCUCUGGAGAGAUAGCUGCGGGUUAUGCAGCCGGCCUCCUGACAGAGAAGGAGGCCAUUGUCGCGGCAUACCUCCGUGGUAAAGCGGUGGCCCACAAUAGAACCCCAGGUCUUAUGAUGGCAGUAGGCGGCGAUAUUUCACAAAUCCAGCCUCUAGUAGAUGUCUUUGAUGGAAGGAUUGCCGUUGCAUGCCAUAAUUCCCCCGAAAGCUACACUCUCAGCGGUGAUGCUGACGCUGUGAAAGAGCUCAAGGCUGUUUUGGAUGAAAAGCGAAUCUUUUGCCGAACACUUCAGACCAGCAACAACGCAUACCACUCGGAUCACAUGCGCGCUCUUGGGCAGCAAUACGAAGAAAAUCUGAAGAUACACAUGCCGAAAAAGGAUGCGACUCAUAUAGUUACUAAAAAGCAGUCUAAAUCUAGACAGGCUCAAGCGAUAUUCUUUUCAUCGGUCUAUGGGCACGCGGCGCCUUGGUCAGCACUGGGAUCUCGAUACUGGCGUCAAAACCUCGAGUCGCCUGUGCUGUUCCAUCAAGGAGUCUCAGAACUAGUCACGCGGGCCCCCGUGGAUAUACUAGUGGAAAUUGGCCCUCAUGGGGCACUCAAAGGGCCUCUUCUCCAGCUUGCCAAGUCGAUGGAUAUAGCUAGCAAGUUCCCUGCAUACCUCUCGGCCAUCUCCAGGAACAGCGAUAAUGUCAAGGACAUACUGACGUUAGCUGGUAACCUAUUCACUAAGGGAUACGAUGUUGAUCUGGCUCGAGUGAACGCUGCAGAAAACCGAGGGGGAAACCAGUAUUCGUUCGGGAAGGUUAUCACGGACUUACCUCGGUACCAGUGGCAGUAUCCUGAUGAAAUACUUCUCUAUGAGAACCGCUACACAAGAGAAUGGCGAAUGCGUACGCAUCCGCGUCAUGAUAUUCUCGGAAGUAGAAUACCAGGCACGAACCAAGCUGAGCCAUUAUGGAGGAAUAAGCUAGCUGUGAAGAAUGUGCCAUGGUUGGCGGAUCACCGUCUCGGAAAGGAUGUCGUAUUCCCUUCAACUGGCUACAUUAGCAUGGUUCUUGAAGCAGCAACACAGAUAGUCGAAGCCGAAGGUUUGCUCGCUUCCGAUGUGGAGUACUAUGAUGUUCAAGACGUGAGCUUAUCAACAGCCCUCAUCGUCCCCGAGGAUGAUUUUGGGGUCGAAACGUUGCUUACCCUUCGGCCUACAUCACUGAACUCCGUUUCGCGGCAUAAGUGGCUCCAUGACUUUACACUAACGUCGGUGGUCAAUGAGGAAGGCGUUGACAUCUUCGUCGAGCAUUGCCGUGGAAGGGUGGAAAUAGGCCUCGAGAACUUCGAUUUUCCCGAAAGCCGCACGGUGUCGACCAUUCAGAAUACCGCAUCUUCCAAAAAGAUCAUCAAUGCGGCUCAAUGGUAUGAGAGCUUCGCUAGAGCAGGACUAUGUUACGGCCCAAUGUUCCAGGGCCUUUCUGAUAUUUCCGCCAUAGGCCAAACAUGCAUGACCCAAGCACGCAUUGGCCUGGAGCCUACAGCUAAGGCAAUGAAAGGAGAGUCGCGAUACAUCCUGCACCCUGCCACAGUAGAUGCUGCGUUGCAACUGUCCAUUCUGGCCGCCCACAAGAAUACGGCUACUAAGUUCAAGCGCGCCUUUAUGCCCACUGCGUUCGAAAGCAUAAAGGUCUGGCCCCGUGUAGCUGCACGAAGCCACACUUCAGCUGAGUCAUUUGCGAGUGCCACCCUGAUGGGUGUUCGCGGUUUAUCAGCCAACAUCACACUUCUAGGUGCGGAGGGCCGGCGGGUUUUGGAUGCAACCAACGUCUUCCUCACCGCGUCUGACCAAGCUGCCCCCAAACUGAUCGAGGAGUCAAGUCCGUAUACGCGCAUAGAGUGGAAACCGGACUUUGGCUACCUCAGCUCACAAAUCAUGGCACACCUGUUCCCUCCCGUCGUUUUGAGCGACGAUGCUGUCAUCCCUUCUCUCAAUCACUUGGCGCUACACCAGUUGAUUCACUUCAAAGUAACACAUUCCGAUGUCUUUGAAAGGGGUUCACAGCAGCCGCAUCUACAAAGACUGCUCGACUGGACUACAGAGAAGCUCGCGAUUGCAGCAACGGACUUGGACUCCCCCGCAUCAUCUAUUAUGGCGUAUAGCGAUGACCAUAGAGCCCAGGAGAUUGAGCGCAUAUCCAGCGCCCUGAAGCCACUAUCCUCUGAAGCCCGCUUGAUGUGCCACCUCUACAACCAUCUGCCUGCCAUCUAUAGCGAGGAGAUGACGGGUAUCCAGGUCGCCCUGCAAGACAAUUUGCUUCUCGACAACUACGAGACGGGGCAAGUCUACAAGGAGGGCAAUCGGCGUCUUGCCGCUGCAGUCGCGUUGUUGGCGCAUCAAAACCCGGACAUCAGGAUCUUGGAAGUCGGCGCCGGCACUGGCAGUGCGACAAACGAGAUUCUCCCGGCGCUAAAGGGUGACAGCGCAUGGCGACAGUAUUCCGAGUACAGGUUUACUGAUACCACGCCGUCUUUCCUGGCAAGUGGCGAAGAGCGGUUUUCCCGCUACGGAGGGAUGACGUUCGGAACCUUUGAUAUGGAGAAGAGCGGCGAGUCUCAGGGCUACGAACAAGACUGGGAUGUUGUUGUUGCCUCCAAUGUCAUUCACGCCACAUCGGAUAUCAAGAGCACACUCUUGAACAUCCGUAAGGUUCUCAAACCAGGAGGCAAGUUGAUACUCCUCGAAUUGACUCAAUCACAGCUUAGCGCCGGCUUGGUGCUGGGUACGUUUAGUGAUUUCUGGAAGGCUGACUACGACCCCAAUUUCCCACGCCACGAUGGUCCAUUUUUGAGCAAGUCGCUCUGGCAGAGAGUUCUCCCAGCGUCCGGUUUCUCAGGGCUCGACUUCUAUCUCGAUGAUUACGCAGGGGCCAACGUGUCGGCCACAGUGAUCUGUGCCACGGCAGUUUCAGACAACAUUGGCAGUGUAGCGCCGCUAAAUUUGGACACGAGAAACAAAGGAGUCACCUUGGUAUACCGGUCUGAGGCUCCUACUUUCGCGCAGUCGAUGGCAAAUCAAAUCACCAAAUCUGGCGAUUUAUCAGUCGAAAUUAGACCGCUCGCGGAUAUUCAGGCGGCUCCCUUCGGCCGGUUCAUCUUCCUCUUGGAGACGCAGAAUCCAUUUUUCCUCAAUGUUACAGCUGAAGAAUGGAAGCUCCUGCAGUGGGCUCUUCUCAACGCUUCGUCUUCGUUGUGGGUGACAUCCGGUGACCUCAUGGCAGGUAAAGAACCAUUACAGGCAAUGAUCUCGGGGCUGGCAAGGGGACUGAAGACGGAGAACAAUUCCAUUCGCCUCAGCACCCUGGAUCUCGAGCAUAUACCUAAGGACUCGGACGUGGAGGUUUUUGAUCUUAUUAUGAGACUGGAGCAAAGAGUGUCUGAUGUCUCGAAGCUGAAUGAUGACUCCGAGUUCCGCUACAAAGACGGCAUUCUUCAUGUCAGUCGACUUACCACGGACGAUAAAUUGUGCGAACUUUCGAAGACGACACUGCAUGUAGAUAGGGCUUUCCAGAAGGUCAAUUUCGCAGAUGUGGGCUCAACACCUCUCCAACUCGCUAUACAAAAGCCGGGCGUACUUAGCACCAUCCACUUCAAGCCUGAUUCUGAAUUUGCAAAGCGCCUGGCCCCAGACGAGGUUGAGAUCGAGGUCAAGUACGCCAGUAUUAAUAGCAAAGACAUCGCAGUGCUUGCAGGCCGUCAUCAUUCCGACUCUAUGAGUGAUGAAUGCUCGGGAAUCAUCACGAAGAUCGGUUCUGAAGUCACAGACUUUCAGGUGGGUGACUCGGUCUACUGCCAGUCAUUCGCCAAGUUUGGCAAUUUUGUUAGAGACAAAGCGGCAUUCUGCCAGCGGCUCGAUCAUGGUGACACCUUCGAGGGCACGGCCACUAUGCCUAUUGCCUUCAGCACCGCCAUCUACGGUCUCAUCGAUCUGGGUCGCCUUGAAAAGGGGGAUACUGUUCUCAUCCAAUCCGCGACAGGCGCCGUCGGUCUGGCCGCGUGCCAAAUUGCACAUAUGAUCGGUGCUGAGAUCUUCGCCACGGUCGGCACUACGGAGAAGGCAACUAAGCUGUUGAGCAUGGGCUUCAACAUUGGUGAGGAUCACAUUCUAGAUUCGCGCGACAAGUUCUCCGCGAAGAAGCUUCUUCAGCAAACAAAAGGCAAGGGCAUCGAUGUCAUUCUCUGCAGUGCUCGUGGGGAACUGAUGCACGAGUACUGGAGGUGUAUCGCGAAUUGUGGUAGAUUUGUCGAGAUUGGACGAACUGAAGUGUUGGACAACGGAAAGCUCAGCCUUGAUGUUUUCAGGCGAAACGCAACCUUCGCCUCUUUCGAUCUUGAAGUUAUGAGCAAGACGAAGCCUCAGGUGACUGCCAGAUUGAUGCGAACGAUCCAGCAACUUAAAGCAGAGGGCCAUAUCAAGCCUUUACCUUCUACUUCAUUCAGUGUGACCGAGAUUGAAAAGGCCUUCAUGACAUUCACGAAAGGUGCACAUAUAGGCAAGCUUCUAGUUGAAUAUACCGAUAGCGAAAACCGUGGCAUCACUAUUGAAACCGAUCCAUAUACAGCAAAAUUCGACCCUAAUGCGACAUACCUCCUUGUCGGUUGCCUCGGAGGCCUGGGCCGAAGCUUCAGUACUUGGGCUGUUGCUCGUGGUGCUCGCCACAUAAUCUACCUCUCACGCAGUGGUGCUACCAGCGUUGAAGCCAAGACAUUCCUGAUCGAGCUCGAGGAGAACGGUGUUGAAGCUUCAGUGGUCAAAGGUGACGUAUCUUCACUAGCGGACGUACGAGCAGCCGUUCAAACCGCCAAAUAUCCCAUCAAGGGGGUGGUACAAGGAGCUCUUACCCUGAACGAUAGCUUGUUUGAGUCCAUGUCACUUGAUCGAUUCAAUAGCACUGUACUUCCGCGUGUCAUCGGAACACUCAAUCUACACGAAGCAACCAAGGACUGUCCGCUCGACUUCUUCCAGCUCUGGUCGUCGUGGACGGUCGUCUUUGGAACAGCCACGCAGAGCAAUUACCUAGCUUCGAACGCGUUCCUCGACGCUUUCGCACGAUACCGUCGUGCGCAAGGGCUUCCGUGCACCAGUCUGGCAUUGAGCCAGGUGCUUGGGAUCGGUAUUGUGUCAUACAUUCCCGAGUAUCAACAGGCCAUGAUCAGAAACGGAUUCUACGGCAACGAUGAAGACGACUUCUUACAGUACUGCGAUAAAGGCAUCUUGCCGCUGACUGUAGAUGUAUCAGAUGAGGUAACGUUUAGAUAUGAUCCGCAGACGACCAGUCAUCUUCUCGUGGGUAUCGAGCCUGCCGGGCUGAAAAACGUGGACCAGAACUAUCCCCUGUCGGACAUGCUCUGGUAUCACGAUCCUAGAUUCCGCAACCUUGUCCAAGCCACAAUGCUCCUAUCGUCUAGCACGCAGGGUAAGCGGGAUACUGUGGUGGAUGGUGGCACGCCUUUGGAAAGGAUUGUGGGGAAGAUCUCUCGCCUGUUGUAUAUACCUAUGGACGAGAUUGAUGUGGAAAAGGCAAUCAACCAUUACGGCAUAGAUAGUAUGGUGGCCGCGGAAUUGCGGAAUUGGUUUUCUGCAACUUUCGCCAAGGAAGUCAGCAUGCUGAAACUGUUGAGUGCCACUAUGACAGUUCAGAAGCUGGCCGAGGAGGCAGUCUCGUAACGACUGGCGAGACGCAAUCUUCGUCAUGUACCUUGCUGCGACUAGCAACCUCGGGGCUUUGACGUCUCAGAUUUUAGCUGCAUUCAAUACCAAAGGACUCUAUUCCUUCGUAACA